CACCAUCACCACAUUCUGUGGCCCGACUACUCUCCUACCGCGAAGUCGCAUUCUCGAGCUGCCAAACCGCGCCCGGCCAAAUUGGGUCGGAGCCACGAGGCGUGCCCACCAUGACGACUGACGUGGUCCUCGACACUACCAUGGGCUCCAUCACGCUCGAGCUCUACACCUCGCACGCGCCCAAGACGUGCAACAACUUCGCGACGCUCGUCCGGCGCGGCUACUACACGUCCACCGUCUUCCACCGCAUCAUCCCCAACUUCAUGGUGCAAGGGGGCGACCCCACGGGCACGGGCCGCGGCGGCGCCUCCAUCUACGGCGACCGCUUCGAGGACGAGAUCGACCCGGCGCUCAAGCACACGGGCGCCGGCGUCCUCAGCAUGGCCAACGCCGGGCCCGACACCAACGGCUCCCAGUUCUUCAUCACCCUCGCCCCCACCCCCUGGCUCGACGGCAAGCACACCAUCUUUGGCCGCGUCAAGUCCGGGCUCGCCACCGUCAAGCGCAUGGGGCUCGUCCCCACGGGGCCCGAGGACAGGCCCGUCGAGGAUGUCAAGAUUGUGCAGGCCCGCGUCGUGGAGGGCGAGAAUGAGAUUUAGGUCUCGUGGCGCGUGUGUGAAGCGUGUGCAUAGCGCGUGCGCGUGCCUCCUCUGAGCGGGUGCACCCGCGAGGGACGGCAGCUUCUAGGCUUGAAUCGUUGAGCGAGCCGCGGUGUUUGGCGUUUGGGGACGUCUGGGAAAAAGACCUGUUCAUGUACAUGAAUCUGCUGUGGGAAUCCAAGCUACAAUGUAAUAGCUAGAGGUCCAAUAGAGCACAUCGCCUCAUGGUAGCGAGGCGUACGCUCAAAAGCAAUGCGACUUUACACCGUCAACUUGUCACUGAUUGCCAACCGCCAAGUUCUUUCCUUCUUUCA